AUGUCCAUUUACACGGAGAGAAACGACAGCAACAUCCUCGGUCCUUCCUCUUCCCAGAAGAAUCCAUCCCUGAAUGGCUUCAGCCACAGUAACCGACUUGAGCUGCAUUUGAAGUUGGAUGUGUCACAAUAUGAAAAUGACGACCCGUCACUGAGGUCAGCAAAUAAAAUCAGAGACAUCAAUAGCACUUAUGUUAUUUCUGCCUGUAAAAAACCAGGAGGUCCCUCACUUCUCCCAGACACUGGAGGGAAACUGACACUUCGGAGACGGGUUACAAGGAGCAAAGAAUCCUCUUUGCUGGAUCAGAAGCCGGGAGACUCUGCUGACACAGCCCCAGAAACACGGCUUCCAUUCUGUCACACUAAAACAGAGCGUGAGGCAAAGCCCAAGACAGUGCAGGGAGUGGGAGGUGAAUCUGAAAAGAAGGUGGUGAGUACGAAUACGAAGACCGUGACCGGUGAUAAAAACUCUCUUGUUCUGGCUUCUGGAUCUUUAGUCAAAGACCGCAAAGACAGGCCGGCAGAUGAAAAAUGCAAAGGAGUGUUUUCUGUUCCCAGCGGGGCAAGUGAAAAUGUUGCAGCAAAUAACAGGGUGCCCAGUGGACCCCAGCGUCAGAACCGUGUGGUCCCAGGAUCUGGACUCCAGGCAGCCAAAGAUGCUGAGAGCAAGCGGGAUGCCAGAGUGGCAGGCACGGGAAGUGUCCAUCCCAGGAGCAUUGGGAAGGAUGUGGCAAGACACGUAGAUACAUUUGGAGGCUUAGAAAAAACAACACCUAGAAAAUGCGUCUCAGAGCACAGGUGGACACCAAAGCACAGCACCCCAAAGUCCAAGAGUCCAGCUGUGUCCAUACUGAGAAACAGGAUAUCUGGCCUGCAAGUCAGAACAAAGCCAAGAAGCACCCUUCCUGCAGACAAACGGGAAAGGACCCAGGACUUCACACUCGGUUUGGAGGAGGAAACCACAGCUGAGAAAUCCUCAGCAGAGAGAGACCCUUUAAAGGUGGAGAACAGCCAAGUAACAGUGGCUGUCCGUGUCAGGCCCUUCAGCACAAAAGAGAAAAUGGAAAAAGCAUCCCAAGCAGUCUUCCAGAAGGGUGAAGAAAUAACAGUGGAACACCCGGACAUGAAACAAGUUUAUCAUUUUGUUUAUGAUGUUUCUUUUUGGUCCUUUGAUGAACGUCACCCUGGCUAUGCCAGCCAGAGCACUGUCUAUGAGACGCUGGCAGCACCACUCCUGGAUUGGGCCUUUGAAGGCUUCAAUACCUGUCUCUUUGCUUAUGGUCAGACUGGGUCUGGAAAAUCGUAUACGAUGAUGGGAUUUAGUGAAGAGCCAGGAAUAAUUCCAAGAUUUUGUGAAGAUCUGUUUGCUCAAGUGUCCAAAAAGCAAAGCCAAGAGGCCACCUAUCAACUUGAAAUGAGUUUCUUUGAAGUAUAUAAUGAGAAAAUUCAUGAUCUCCUGGUUUGUAAAGGUGAAAAUGGGCAGAGAAAGCAACCGCUGCGAGUGAGGGAGCACCCUGUUUCCGGGCCCUAUGUGGAGGCUCUGUCGAUGAAUGUUGUCAGUUCUUACGCCGAUAUCCAGAGUUGGUUAGAAUUGGGAAACAAGCAAAGAGCAACGGCCGCCACGGGCAUGAAUGAUAAAAGCUCCCGUUCGCACUCGGUGUUCAUGCUGGUGAUGACCCAGACCAAGACAGAGCUUGUGGAAGGGGAAGAACAUGAUCACAGGAUAACCAGCCGCAUAAACCUCAUUGAUCUGGCAGGCAGCGAGCGGUGCUCCACAGCGCACACUAGUGGCGAUCGCUUGAAGGAAGGCGUGAGUAUUAACAGGUCCUUGCUAACACUGGGAAAGGUUAUAUCUGCGCUUUCCGAACAAGCCAACCGGAAGAGAGUUUUUAUCCCCUAUCGUGAAUCUGUUCUGACCUGGCUGUUAAAAGAAAGCCUGGGUGGAAAUUCAAAAACUGCCAUGAUUGCUACAAUCAGUCCCGCUGCCAGCAACAUUGAGGAAACGCUGAGCACUCUCAGAUACGCCAGCCAAGCCCGUAUGAUCAUCAACGUCGCCAAGGUCAACGAAGACGUGAACGCCAAGUUAAUUAGAGAGUUGAAAGCAGAAAUUGAGAAACUGAAAUCUGCCCAGAAAAACAGCCGGAAUAUUGACCCUGAGCGGUACAGGCUCUGCCGGCAGGAAAUCACAUCGCUGAGGAUGAGGCUGCACCAGCAGGAGCGGGACAUGGCGCAGCUGCAGAGAAUGUGGAAAGAAAAAUUCGAAAAAGCUGAACAAAGGAAGCUUCAGGAAACAAAGGAGUUACAGAAAGCAGGGAUUACGUUUCAGAUGGACAAUCAUUUGCCAAACCUUGUCAAUCUCAAUGAAGAUCCUCAGCUCUCAGAGAUGCUAUUAUAUAUGAUAAAGGAAGGAACAACCACAGUUGGAAAGUAUAAGUCAGACUCAAGUCAUGAUAUUCAGUUGUCUGGGGUGCUGAUCGCUGAUGACCAUUGUUCUAUCAGAAACGUUGACGGCACCGUGAGCAUCAUCCCCACUGGGGAAGCAAAGACAUACGUGAAUGGGAAACACAUUCUGGAACUCACCAUCUUGCAUCACGGUGAUCGGGUGAUUCUUGGUGGAGAUCAUUAUUUCAGAUUUAAUCACCCAGUAGAAGUCCAGAAGGGGAAGAGACCGUGUAGCCGAGAAACUUUUGUGGGUGAAGGCCCCAAAGACUUCGAGUUUGCCAAAAACGAGUUGCUCAUGGCACAGAGAUCACAACUGGAAGCAGAAAUCAGAGAGGCUCAGCUGAAAGCAAAGGAAGAAAUGACUCAAGGGAUCCAGAUUGCGAAGGAAAUGGCACAGCAAGAGCUUUCGUCUCAAAAGGCUGCCUACGAAAGCAAGAUCAAAGCCUUAGAAGCAGAACUGAAAGAAGAAUUUCAAAGGAAGAAACUGCAGGAAAUCAAUCAACAAAAGGCUAGUCACAAGAUUGAAGAAUUAGAAACGACAAAGCAACGACUUGAACAAGAAAUAUAUGUCAACAAAAAGCGAUUAGAAAUGGAGGCUUUGGCUGCAAAGCAGGCGUUAGAAGAUCACAGAAUCCGCCAUGCAAGAAUUCUAAAAGCUUUAGAAGAUGAGAAGGAAAAAAUUGCUAAAGAAGUACAAAUUCUACAGCAAAAUCAGAGUAAUAGAGAUAAAACUUUUACAAUUCUGCCCAACUGGAGCUCCAUGAAACUCUCCAUGAUGAUUCAGGAAGCCAAUGCCAUUAGCAACAAAUUAAAGAAGUAUUAUGUUUUUAGCCGACACGAUGUGUCAGAGAGAGGAAGUCGGUCCAACACCUCUGUUCGGGUUCGCAACCUGCAACUGGGAAUCUCAACUUUCUGGAGUCUGGAGAAGUUUGAGUCUAAGCUUGCAGCCAUGAAGGAGCUUUAUGAGGGUGACAGCGGCAGCAGGAGUGAAGAUGUCUUCUGUGACCCUGAGGACGAGUGGGAGGCCGACAUCACAGAUGCUCCUGUUUCUUCCUUCUCGAGGAGGAGGAGUAGGAGUUUGAUGAAGAACAGAAGAAUUUCUUGUUGUUUACAUAAUGUACAAGCCCACCCGAUUCAGAUUAAUGGUUCUUCACAUUCAUCAGGAGUAAUGGAGAUAUCAAGUGCCAUCUAUCCAAAUGCAACAGAAUCGUUAAUUCCUGGAAUUUGCAAAGAAUUGAUAUGUUCAUCACUAGAUCUUUUUGAACAGAAUUACAAUGAAGAAAAAACCAUGGCAGACAGCCUGCUGAGUAGUUUUCUUAAAAUUUAUAAUGGGCUCUUUGCCAUUUUGAAAGCUUACGAAGAACAAGAUGAAGAAAGUCAAGAGAAUUUAUUUUCUGAUCGAGCAACCCAGUCACUUACUCUCCAAGUCACGUGUGCUUUCGGGCAGCUCUCGGUGCUGGUGCCACACUGGCUGGAUGGCAUCUCUCCUUGUUGUAACCCAGCAAGACUGGAAGAUGACUUGAGACAGGAAAUCAAAAAAAUAGGAGGCUACUUGCAGUUGUUUUUGCAGGGAUGCUCCUCGGAGAUUUCAUCAAUGGUGAAGGAAGCUCAAACCAAAGUCAUGGAGAUUGUUUUACAAACUGUAAACCACGUGGGGCAGCUUGCAGUUCUGACAGGGAGCAAGCUGCACUUUCUGGAUAGCAGUGGCAAGGCCACUGCUGUGCAGGAGGAGUUCAUGGAAGCUAUUUGUAAUGGUGUAGUCUUAGGAAUGAAGAUCCUUUUAGAUUCUACACUAGAAAGAGUUAAAGAAUUUCAACACAUUCUCUCAAGACAGUGUGCCCAGAACGAGGCUUCCAAACAGAUGUGCAUUCACGCCACAGGAUUGAUUGGAUCUCUGGAAAGCAUCUUUGCUGAGUGGAAAAUGAAAAGUUUCAGAACUCAAGUACAAGAGGAAGAUUCUGGUUACCAAGAUUUGAAAAAGAUGGCUAACAUUGCCUCCGAAUUCCUGAAGUUAAAACAGUGCUUAGAGCAAACUGUUCAAAUGACCAUGUCUGCGCUAAGAGGAUGCCCUGGUGAUGUGCCUCUCUUCAAGAGCAGUGUCAAUGAUCUCUGCAGCUUGGCCAGGGGGUUACAUGCUGCCCUUGGCGCCCAUGCAGCCUCUGCUGACGGCAGCCAGGAGACAAUCCCUCGCCUUGGCCUUCAGGACCUGGAGUCUGUCGCCAAGUCCCUCAUUUUCUGCUUUGGCUCCAAACUGAGUCCGGAUCUGUGGGAACCUGGUCUGGAGAAGAGCAGAGAGGGAGGCCCACCGACGGGGCUGGGCCGCGCUGGCCAAGGCACGACUGACUGGACGCCAGGGCUGGAGGGUGCUGAGAGCUCAGAGGACUGUACCCCCAGGAGGAUCCAGUGGGUGUGA